GCCGGGUUCGGACGCGGCGGCUGUCCCUGACGGGGUCAUCCACAUAAGCAGUCACCGCUUAGAGGAGACAGUAAAAGGAAUUAAUCUUAUUACCAGUGGCUUUCAAAUAUUUGAAAAAUUUAAGAAUUGUGACUGCAGUUCUGAUUCAUGGAUCUUCAAAGAAAGCAGAGAAGAUUUCAGGAUUUACAAGGGUGCAGGUUUGUGCAGAUUUGAAGACCAAUAUCUUACGAGCUUGUAAAACAGGAGCUGGAAAUAUAAUGGUGAACAAAAUGGUUGGUUCCUGCUCUGUCAGAAGCUAAGGUUUAGUGAGGAAGAUAAAACCAAGCAAACAAGCAACAAAGACCUGUUUGAGAUGUGGUGGUUUCAACAAGGUCUCAGUUUCCUCCCAUCUGCCCUAGUAAUUUGGACAGCUGCUGCUUUUAUAUUUUCAUACAUUACGGCCAUAACGCUUCACCAUGUUGACCCUGCUCUGCCUUAUAUCAGUGACACUGGUACAGUAGCUCCAGAAAAAUGCUUGUUUGGGGCAAUGUUAAAUAUUGCUGCAGUUUUGUGCAUUGCAACCAUUUAUGUUCGUUACAAGCAAGUUCAUGCCUUGAAUCCUGAAGAGAGUCGUAUCAUCAAAUUAAACAAGGCUGGCCUUGUACUUGGAUUACUGAGUUGUUUUGGACUUUCUGUUGUGGCAAACUUCCAGAAAACAGCCUUUUUUAUUGUACAUGUAUGUGGAGCUGUGCUCACCUUUGGCAUGGGCUCGUUAUACAUGUUCGUUCAGACCAUCCUUUCCUACCAAAUGCAGCCCAAAAUUCAUGGCAAACAAGUCUUCUGGAUCAGACUACUGGUGGUUAUCUGGUGUGGAGUAAGUGCAUUUAGCAUGCUGACUUGCUCAUCACUUUUGUACAGUGGGAAUUUUGGCACAGAUAUUGUACAGAAACUCCAUUGGAACCCUGAGGACAGAGGUUAUGUGCUUCACAUGAUCACCACUGCAGCAGAAUGGUCUAUGUCUUUCUCCUUCUUUGGUUUUUUCCUGACUUACAUCCGUGAUUUUCAGAAAAUUUCUUUACGAGUGGAAGCCAAUUUACAUGGAUUAACCCUCUAUGACACUGCUCCUUGCCCUGUUAACAAUGAACGAACACGGCUACUUUCCAGAGAUUUAUGAUGAAGGGAUAAAAUAUAUCUGUGAUGAUUGCGAUUCUCAGGGAUUUGGGGGAAAUGUUCAUGAAAGUUCCUUAUUCUGCUCUGAAAAUUUUAACCAGUUAAUCAAGGCUGACAGUGAUAUUGAUGAAUACUGAUAAUCAAGAGACAUGAAUAAAGCCAUUUGAUAAGUUAUUUUCAAGGAUGUCUUCAAGAAGACCAUGUAAA